GGGGGGGGGAAAUUGAGAAAGAAAGAGAAGGAAAGAUCACUGACGAGAGUAGUGACCAGAUUUCCGAUGCCGUUCUCGACGCUUGCCUGGCUGAGGAUCCCCUUUCCAAGGUAUGAGAGGAUCGAUCUACCCCUCCUAGGCCGAAACCCCCCCCCUGGCCAGGGGGUGCAGAGCGUGCAGUAUCUAAUAGGUGGCUUUUAUGCAGGUCGCUUGCGAGACUGCCACCAAGACUGGUAUGGUCAUGGUCUUCGGUGAGAUCACCACCAAGGCCAAGCUGGACUACCAGAAGAUCAUCCGUGGUGCCGUCCAGGAGAUCGGCUAUGACCACUCGGACAAGGGUUUUGACUACAAGACCCUGAACGUCCUGGUCGCCAUUGAGCAGCAGUCGCCCGAUAUCGCCCAGGGUCUGCACUACGACGAGGCUUUGGAGAAGCUCGGUGCCGGUGACCAGGGUAUCAUGUUCGGCUAUGCCACCGACGAGACCCCGGAGCUGCUGCCCCUUACCGUGCUCUUCUCCCACAAGCUCAACCGCGCCAUGACGGAUGCCCGCAAGGACGGCACCAUCCCCUGGCUGCGCCCCGACACCAAGACCCAGGUCACCAUCGAGUAUGCCCACGACAACGGCGCCGUCAAGCCCCUGCGUGUCGACACCAUCGUCAUCUCCGCCCAGCACAGCGAUGACAUUUCCACCGAGGAAAUCCGCAAGCAGCUCAAGGAGAAGGUCAUCCAGAAGGUCAUCCCCGCCGAGCUGCUCGAUGACCGCACUGUCUACCACCUCCAGCCCUCGGGCCGCUUCGUCAUCGGUGGCCCCCAGGGUGAUGCUGGCCUGACCGGCCGCAAGAUCAUCGUCGACACCUACGGUGGCUGGGGUGCCCACGGUGGUGGUGCCUUCUCUGGCAAGGACUACUCCAAGGUCGACCGCUCCGCCGCCUACGUCGCCCGCUGGAUCGCCAAGUCCCUGGUCAACGCCAAGCUCGCCCGCCGCGCGCUGGUCCAGCUCUCGUACGCCAUCGGUGUUGCCGAGCCCCUCUCCAUCUUCGUCGAGACCUACGGCACCUCCUCCAAGUCCUCGGAUGAGCUCGUCCAGAUCAUCCGCAACAACUUCGACCUCCGCCCUGGUGUCAUUGUCCGUGAGCUUGACCUGGCCAAGCCCAUCUACUACCAGACUGCCAAGAACGGUCACUUCACUGACCAGAGCUUCUCCUGGGAGAAGCCCAAGGCUCUCAAGUUCUAAGCGCCUGAGAGUCCCCCUUGAUUUCACGAAUGUGAUGAAUUUGCUUUGUUUUCAACAACUCAAGGCAUGGAUAUAGACCUCACAAAAGCUUUGGAUCGAUUUCAUUUCUUUGCAUCACCGCCCGCUCCGCAGAGGGGCGUUGCAGGAAGCCUAAAUUCAACAUGAUACCACUUAUAUCGGAUGGGAAUGGAUGUUCGGCGUUUUUCUUUUUUAAUAUCUCUUUCCUUUCAAACUCUUCAACACCUCCGCCUAUGGCAUAGAUGAUAUUGUUCUAGAUCUCUAGUUCUAUCUAUCUAUCUAGCCCAUCUGCUCGCCGUUAUCCGUCGAGUAUGCAGUCACUCCGGUGAUCUGCCACAGGCUCAUAGUACAUAAUUCAUAUUAUUGAGCAGAC